UCAGAUUUCACAUUCACCUUGUUUUGUUUAGCCAGAAUGGGUGUGAAGUUUACAGAUGCAGUGAUGAUAAUAGUUAUAAUGAGUGGUUCAAUAUUUUCAGUGAGCAUGGCCAACAAGGAUUGGUUCCCUGCUUUCAACUACACUGAUUGGUGGUCCAGAUUUGGGAAUCAUCAUCAAAACAAAACACAGCACCAACCAACCCAGAUUCUUGUGGGUGGUUCUCAGCAUUGGCGCUUUGGCUACAACUACACUGAUUGGGCUAUCAAGAACGCCCCUUUCUACCUCAAUGAUACUCUAGUGUUCAAAUAUGAUGCUCCAAAUGCCACCACUUUCCCACACAGUGUGUACAUGUUCAAAAACUAUGGGAGUUUCUUCAAGUGUGACAUAAAAAAGGCUAAAAUGUUGGCAAGUCCGGUGCAAGGUGGAGGAGAGGGGUUUAAGUUUGUGUUGCAGAAAUGGCAGCCUCAUUACUUUGCCUGCGGUGAGAGAAAUGGUUUCCAUUGCAACAAUGGCACCAUGAAGUUUGCUGUCAUGCCGAUGUUUCGUCCCUUCUGGCCGUGGCCAUGAUAAAACUGCACCAAAUAUUGAAACUAGAUAUACUUUUGCUUUUCUUUAUUAUAUGUUUAGUCUUAUGUUUUCUGAAAAUAAGUU